AUAGUUGUACACACUAUUUAAACUUUAUAAACAAAGGUCUACUUCGGCUUAACUUUUCUACAGAUCUAAAAAUUUUUAUUUACGAUUAAUUUAAUUGAGCAACUUAAUUCAUAUCAUUUUUUACUUAAUUUUCAAUUUUUGUCAAAAAUGUCUCAACCAUCUGAGAGCGAAAACGACGAUUUUGUUCACCAAAUCGCGAUCGAGUUGUCUAGAGCUUUGAAUCUUAUAAAUCCUAACGAUCUUUUAGCUAAGAAUAUCAUUCAAGUGGCUAAGGAUCAUAAAAGUGUUGAAACGUUUAUAAAAGCUUGUCAGGGUUUUGGAAGGUUUAAAGACGAUUUUUUGGCUGAUCUAUAUACCACUAUAAGGAAACGGUUAAAAGAAGAGUCUGAUUCUUCUAGUCAGAAGGCUGAUUUUUCUUCAAUUUUUAACAAUACCACAGUGUUAGGUGAAAUAUUAACCUCAACUGGCCCUUCAGUUGGUGGUCUGAUCCGUCCUGGAAAACUAGCAUCAUCUGAUGAUAAUCGUCAUGUUUUUAAAGCCCCUGCACCAAGAACAUCAGUAUUAGGAUUGGACAAGAUAGCUGAAGAAAAAAAACGUGCUGCCGCAAAUAAAGCAUCAGAAGAUGAUGAUAAGCAUCCAGCAAAGAGAAUUAAUUUAGGAAUCGCAUCAGAAUGGGAUGAAGACUCUGUCAAUACAACUGAGAGCGUUGAUGAUAGUAAAUUAAGAGGUAAACUAGUUUUAUUAUUUUUUUCCAAAAUUAUUUAAACUGCCAAUACCAUUCCAUAGGAUUUCAAUUCUGUCUUUUUGACCUAGGGUAUGGCAAUAAUACUUAUACUUUCACAAAAACAAAUCAAAGGAUCCUCCUCCGCUUUGAAAUCAAAUUAUCGUAAAAGGACUGAUGCUAAUAGCGUACUGGAUGAAGCUCGUAAUAGGUUAGAAGAACAUAAGAGGGAACGGGACCAAUAUACAGAUAACCACCACAAAAAGUCACAUCAUAAAGAUAAGAGUGAUAGAAGGGAUAGGGAUGAUGAUUAUGGUCGAUACGAAUCUUCCAGAUCAAGUCGAAGGUCACCUUCAGUAUCUUCUUCACGAAAUGGUU